AUGAAUUCGUUUAUUCUAUUAUGUUGUUUAUGUGUUCUUAGUGGAUUAACCAACGCAGUGGAAGAACAACAACAGCAAAGUGGACGUGGAUUUAGUAGGGAUUGUGCCAAAUCCUAUAGUUUAACAUGUUUAAAAUUAGAUGUAGUGUCCUUUGUUGAAAAAAUGUCUGAAAAUGAUAAUUACUCAUUGUUACCGGGAAUUAAUGUUAUUCGUGAAAAAGAUGUCUCCGAAACUAAAACUUCCGAUUUAGUUUCGGAUCUUGCUCGUGAAUUCCCCAAUGAUGCUGAAGCACGCUUGGAUGCAUUUUUAUUGAAGAAAAUCGAAGGAUAUUUAAAUACGCAUUCCAUUCGUUUUAAGCUCAUGGAUAAACAAAGUGUGGCUGCUGCCCGUGCUUUGGUUGAUGAAACCGGACGUGGUAAAAAGAAUAAGGGUAUGGGAGCUGCAUUAUUAGCUGGUAUGAUGAUGGUUAAAGGUACUUUGAUCCCAAUUGCCAUGGGUGGUUUAGCCAUGUUAGCUGGUAAAGCGCUAAUGACUGGUUUAUUAUCAUUAAUGUUGUCGGCCAUCAUCGGUUUGAAAGCUUUGACAUCGGGAGGACACAAAUCAACAACGUAUGAAAUUGUAUCUAAGCCAGUUUAUACUUCAUCACAUACACAUUCUACAUCACAUGAAGAUCAUUCUGGUGGAUAUGGAGGCUAUGGGCAUGGACGAAGUUAUAAUGAGCAACCUGCAUCCGUUGUACAACCGAUUAAAUUUGAAUUACCUCAAUCGGUUAUAUUGAACAAAAUGAAUUAG